AUGACUGGGAAGGGGAAGAAGGUAGUACGUUCAGGGACAAUGACUGGGAAGGGGAAAAAGGUAGUACGGUCAGAUGAUAGCGAGCCAUCAUCACCACCAGUUUCUGCAAGUAAGAGGAGGAAAGUAUAUGAAGCAGGUGGGAGCUCAUCCACGGUUGAUGCCAAUCUUAAGGCGAAAAAGGAGGCUUUCAAAAAAGCAAAAAGGAUAAUAACCACAGAGGAACAAGCCGAGGGGGUUAAGCUAAAAAGAAGGAGGAGAUUCAACCAACAAAAGGACGCAACUUGUAAGCGUCGAGGUGCACUAAAGAUUAAUCAAGAAGAGGAGCCUGUGAAGUUCCCCUCGCUAUAUACCCGAACAACACCAUCGUCCUUUUAUGAUGCACUGCAACAGCUGAAUGAUGACCAGAAGAAAGCGGUUCAUGACAUUGGGUUUGGCAGUAUAUUAAGUUUGCAGGUUAAGAAGUUGCCAUGUAGACUAGCCUAUUGGAUUCUGGAAAAAUUUGAUGAGAGGAGGUGUGAACUAGAGCUCGACGGAGGUAGCAGAGUUAAGAUCACGGAGGACGAUGUUUAUAGGGUGUAUGGAUUUCCAAAGGGGACUGAGACAAUACCGAUUUUCAGUCGAGCAACAAAUAAUGCUUUGUGUGAACAGUGGGCUGCAUUUUUUGGAUUUGCGUCAUGUGAGAAGAUUAAGAUUGGCUUGGUUUUGAGAGAAAUGUUGGAUUGUACGACAGGUGGGACAUGGUUCAAGCACCAUUUUAUGAUAGCAAUGGCACAUACGCUGAUACACAGUUGUACAAGUGGCACGGUUCAUCCGUACAUCCUAAGAUGUUUGGAGAAUGUAGGGACUCUGAAGAGAUGGAAUUGGGCGGAGUAUGUUCUACAAACCCUUAUUGAUAAUAAAAUAUCAUGGGUGGGUGAUGAAGAUAAGGUGUUUGCUGGGCCAACUCUAUUCCUUGUGCUAUUCUACGUUGAUAGAUGCCAGAUGCAUCGAAGAAAAGUGAAAAGGGAGUUCCCUAUUUUAGUGAACUGGAGUAGCGCAGACUUGAGAAAGCGUCAAGCCACUGAAGAAAAUAUCAAAAAGUUUGGAAGUGGUUCAUGGAUUGAUCCAAUUGAUCUUCCAGCUGAAUAUUCAACUGCAGGGGAGAAUGUACAGAAAAAUGACAAUGCCGAAGAAAAUGAUGAACGCCUUGGAUCAAGGGUGAUGAAAAAGGCAGUGUUCAUACGUGAACACCUGGAGGAUUUAGAGGAUUUGAUAUACAGUGCAUCCCUCGUGGACAGGGAGUCAGCGUACUUUAGACAAUGCGUGGAUGCAGCAUGUUCGAUUACAGGAUUGAAGGUGGAUAUGGAUGGCCCACGACCAUGGCGUCGCCCUCAGGGUAUGGCCAUUGAUGAUGAUCCAUUUUCUUAUUCUCCUGAGCUGCAUGCGUCGGUUGAUGCAGCAUUUGAUAAGGUACAAAAUGAGAAGGUGAGUGAGACGGUAUCGACAGAAGGAAUACCUACUUUCGACCUUCAUCUGGGAACUCGUGACGAGAAUUUUACUUGCUUUGAAAUGUAUGUAUUGCCCGACUGCGAAUUUGUGUGGUUAUUCAAGUGA